AUGUAUAUCUUUGGUCCCUUGUGGGUUCAGUUGUGUCGUAUAAAGUUAGUGUUGGAUAAGGCUGAUAAAUAUAAUCAAGGGCAACCUUUUGAAAUGUUCUUCAGUGAUGAUGAUGAUGAUGAUGAUGAUGAUUAUGAUGAUGAUGAUUAUAUGGUUUUGAUGAAUCCAGAUCCUCCACCCUGUCAGGGAACAAAAGAUGGCAAUUCUCUGUGUGAAAACCCAGACAAGGUAUCGGGUGGAAGAGCAGACAUCGCACCUGCACAGAACAUCUCUGAUGACAACUUUGCGGGUAAAAUAUUGGGAAAACGGGGCCUUAUGGUAAAUAAGCGUGUUAGAGAGGCAGAUGAGAACUCUGGUAUAUCGUGUGUUAAUUUGUCGCCUACCAGGAAAAGGAUUCGAGUAGCAGGAAAGAGUGCUCCAGAAAAGAGCCCUAGUGAUGAUGGAAACUCUCCACCCCAUCAGGAAGGACAACCUGACAAAUCUGUAAAUAACAAGCCUAAGAUAAGUGGCCCAGAAACAAGAAAAUCCCUGAGGCGUGUUGAUGUUAGUAAGGGUUUGCUGGAUGCAAAUCCUCCAUCCCAUGAGGAAGGAGAACCUGAUAAAUCUGCAUUUAAGGACUCUGAAAAGGUAUCGGGUGGAAGAGCAGACAUCGCACCUGCACAGAACAUCACUGAUGACAACUUUGGGGGUAAAAUAUUGGGAAAGCGGGGCCUUAUGGUAAAUAAGCGUGUUAGAGAGGCAGAUGAGAACUCUGGUAUAUCGUGUGUUAAUUUGUCGCCUACCAGGAAAAGGAUUCGAGUAGCAGGAAAGAGUGCUCCAGAAAAGAGCCCUAGUGAUGAUGGAAACUCUCCACCCCAUCAGGAAGGACAACCUGACAAAUCUGUAAAUAACAAGCCUGAUAAGAGUGGCCCAGAAACAAGAAAAUCCCUGAGGCGUGUUGAUGUUAGUAAGGGUUUGCUGGAUGCAAAUCCUCCAUCCCAUGAGGAAGGAGAACCUGAUAAAUCUGCAUUUAAGGACUCUGAAAAGGUAACCUUAACCUUGGUCACGUAUUAA